CCGAUAGUAUUCACAGGCGAAAAAGAUUUCGACUUGCGAAGUUCACGACAGUAAGCAAAAUGGCGUUGUUGUGGACGGUGAUAUCAUGCGCGUUUUCCUUGCUGCUGAUACCUUUCCUUAUGUUGCUGCUGGCGAUUGUGUUUCUCGCAUCCAUCGGCAAAUCUCUCGGUGUGCGCAGGCUAUACAUCAAAUUGCUGCUGGCUCUCUUCGAGUACGGCAGACAAAACAUAGAAAGCGUGAAGAAGAAAAACGGUACACGGGAUCUGGACACAGAAGAAGGAUGCGAGUCUCCGACGAUCAUAGAACGCGGUUCAACGAUAACGUCGUCUAAAGCACAAAACGGAUGUAUUGGCAACUCGGUGAUAGCCAGGUCGAAGGACUUAAUUUUAGUCCCCGAGCCGGACACGCACAAUCAUAAAAAUCAUGUUGAUGAGGCGAAUCUAACGGAUGAUCAUAAAACCUCAACGAUUGAUGACGAAGAGAAUAGCCUUAAUCAGAAAAAUUCUCUCGAGUCGCUCCAAACCGGAUUUGCGCCAAGCUGUUUGGAUUACAUCAGAUCAGGCGUUGAAGCAAUUAUAGAGGAUGAAGUGACGUCGCGCUUUGAAGCAGAGGAACUUAAGAAUUGGAACCUACUUACUCGAACAAACAGAUACUACGAAUUUAUUUCUUGGAAGCUAACUUUCUUAUGGAUGUUUGGAUUCGUCAUGCGCUACGGUUUUCUUCUGCCUCUAAGGGUAUUCAUCUGCUUCGUAGGGGUACAGUAUCUCUUAUUCGUAACAUUGUUAAUCGGCUCUCUACCGAACGGCCGCGUAAAACGUUGGGCGAGCAACCAGGGCUCUCUUAUUGCGUUCAGGAUUAUGUCCCGUUCUAUCGCGGGUAUGAUCACAGUUCACAAUCCAGAGUAUAAACCAAAGAACGGAGGCGUGUGCGUGGCGAAUCACACGACUACCCUCGAUGUCUGCAUCUUAUCCACGCAAACGACAUUCUCUUUGAUAGGUCAAAGGCAUGGUGGUUUCUUAGGAAUACUACAAAGAGCUCUCGCUCGUGCCUCUCCACAUAUAUGGUUUGAACGCUCUGAGGUCAAAGACAGAGAAGCGGUUGCGAAAAGAUUAAAGCAGCAUGUGUCAGAUCCCACAAACCCACCGAUACUGAUAUUUCCGGAGGGCACGUGCAUCAAUAACACGUCGGUCAUGCAAUUCAAAAAAGGCAGUUUCGAAGUGGACAGCGUUAUCUAUCCCGUGGCUAUAAAAUACGAUCCAAGGUUCGGAGACGCAUUUUGGAACAGCAGUCGAUUUUCGAUGAUACAAUAUUUAUACAUGACGAUGUCGAGCUGGGCGAUAGUCUGUGAUGUGUGGUAUCUCCCUCCGAUGUACAGGGAGGAAGGGGAGAGUGCCAUCGAUUUUGCGAAUCGAGUAAAGUCUGUGAUAGCGCGGCAAGGUGGUCUUGUCGAUCUGCAGUGGGACGGUCAACUGAAAAGGAUGAAACCGAAGAAGGAAUGGAGGGAAAAGCAACAAGAAGAAUUCAGUAAACGACUGAAAGCCGAAUAGAGUCAUCAGUCGCUCUAGUCAUAACUUCAUAAUGCACAUAUUGCGUGAUGUUUGUUUAAGCAAAAUUCAUCCAUUUCAUCCACUCCUGUCAUCGCAUAUUUCCGCAUUAUGUUAUCGUAAGGAAAAUCUAUAUUGCAUUAGUUAUAGUUUGUAUCAUUAAUUUGUAGAUAUAAAUACUUCUGCAAAUAUGAAGUUUGCACUUUUCUGGCAAAUUUCUGAAUACAAACAAUUGGCGAUUAUAACUCUGACGUGUGUGCGAGGUAAUGUAACGUUGUACAUUUAAUGUGAAUGUAACUUUUUAAAUCGUCACUUUUAAAUCGGUAUUUCGUACAUCGCUUAUAUUUUGGUUGGGAUGUUUGAGGUCUCGUUUGAAGAAGUGCAAGCAUGGUAUUUGCUAGUUUUUUAAUAGGUUCGAUAAUCGUGAAGGCAUUACGAAUUUAUUAUUUAUAUGUGAAAUGUGUAAUAUGUUUAAGUGUGUGAUACUUUUUUGCAUGCAUGAGUGUAUAUAGCGCUGAAAACCUUCCCGAUUAUUCGUACAUAUUUUGGAAUUGCCAGGCAAUUGAACAAACGAACAAUUCAGACAGUGCAUUAAUUUUCUCUUAUCAAUGAGGACAGUAAGGGAAAAUAUUAUAGUUUUUGCUGUAGUUAAAAAAAAAGAAAUAAAUAUUUAUUCAUUUUUCCGAAGAAGAUCUAACACAGAAAUGGCAAUUCAGCACUCCAGAUUACCUAUCCUUUAGAAUUAGGAUAUAUUGCGUUAUGUUAUUUUUCUAUUAAAAUCGAAUAGCAUGUCGAUAUAUAUUUUCUACUUUUAUAUUUUAUCUAUGUAGAAAGUGAAAUUCAACUCUCUAUACAGCAAUGAAUGUCAAUAUACCAAUAAAUAUAAUACGCAGUUAGAAAUUUAAAAAUAAAAAUAUUAAUAUAUUAAUAUAUCCAUGAAU